AGAGAAGAUCCCUGCCUGGAGUUCUUGCUUGAAGAGCUUUCACAGAGUUUGCAUGUUCUCCCUAUGCAUGCAUGGGAUUUCUUCUUCUAUGUCCAAACAUAGACGUGAUGACACCGGAGGUGCUGAGCUGGCAGCCAGCAGGGAUAAAGGAGAGUCAACGGGAUGCUCGCACACUUGGGAGAGAGCCUCGUGGCGGCGGGACGAUGUGCAAAACGCUGGGAGAAACAUCAAGACCGCCAUUUAUGUCCAGGUGGAACGGGAUCAUGACCUCCAGUCACAAACUGCAUCCAGCUCUCAAGGCCUUCUGGGAGAUGAGUUUCCAGUGCUGGCCUGGUUCUGUACCGGAAGGAGGGCCGCAGGGCUCCAGACGGUGGCUGCGCCACUUCCUCCUGCUGAAGCUGGCCACGGUGUUGCUGUGCCCGCCUGUGGCCGACCUCCCUCUGCUGGUGGGCUGUGCCUUCAGCCUGCGGGCUCUGCUGCUGCUCCGCUCCCCCCACAUUUCCACCAAGCCGUCCACCGUGCUGCUGGGCCAGCUGGCCCUGGCGGACGGCCUGGUGCCGCUGCGGUGGGCGCUGCGGCUGGCGGUGGAUCUGGGCGGCUGGGUCGCCCGGGCGGAGGGGGAGCCUCCGGGCCGGUGGAGGGAGGCCGUGAGCGCGCUCUGCCUGCAGCUGCCCGACGCUCACCACCUGGCCUCGCUGCUCCUGCUGGGCCUGCUGGGCCUGGAGGCCACGCUGGUGUCCCGCUGGCCGCAGCAGACCCGCAGGCUCCGGACGUCCCAGUGGGCGCAGCUGGGCUGCGCUCUGGUCUGGAUGCUGGUGCUGCUUGAACUGGUGUGUUUGCUGCAGGCUGAACUCCUGCAGGACUCAAGACCUCAGGCUGGAGUUUCAGUCCUGCAGAACUCUCCUCAGACCGGCUCCCUCGGCCCGGUGACGCCCCAGGCCCUCCCUGCUUUCUCCCUCACCCUGAGGGGGACGUUAUGGACGGUGAACUCCUGGAUGCACUACACCGUCUUCAACAGCAAACCACAAAGGAGAAGGAGCUCGUUUCACUGAAAGGCUAUUUAUCAUCUAUUUAUUUUAAUAAUAUCAGUGUAAAUGAUGUGUUUCCACUCUUUAAUGUCAUAACUUGAACUCAUCGAUCGUUAUUCGACAGACGGCGACUGUGAGGUACCUCAUAUAUGCACAGGGAGAACAUGCAAAUGCUGAGCGGUGAGAGUGAAUCACUCUACUGUGGGUUAUUCAUCCUCCUGUCACUGUCACACCACGGCAAGGACGGAAGAUUGCUUUGAGCCACUGUGUUGAAUUGUGUUUUCUUUCUAAAGAUGGAUGAAUAUGAAUGUAUAAAAUAUGAACAUAUAGAAAUACAUAUAGCCGCAGUCUGAUUCUCGUUGUCAACAGUUAAAUUAUUAAUACAAAAUAACAGUGAAGAUUUUCUGUGAUGCAGCUGGUAUUAUGUGACAGUGUGCAGGGAUUUGUGACCAGAGGUUUCCUCAGUUUACAUGUGAUUGUCCUUUAAAGAAAAUUGUUUUAACAGUGAAAGAUUCUGAUCUGCUUCAAACUGUAAACAGGCUCUCAUCCUGUCACCCGGGUCGGCGCCGCAAGGGAGGAAUCAGAGAGUUCGUCCCUCUCUGAUGUCUCAUAAAGUAUCAUAGAUUCAUUAAAAAGUACCAAAAACACAAGACAUUUGUGUGUCCUGAGGCAAACCGGUAAAUGAAGCCUUUGUGCUUUUUGUACUGUGGAAGAGGAGCAACACGGAACAAGCACAAUUUUUGAAUUAGUAACACUUCCAGGGUAAUAAAUGUGUUUUCGUUUUUAAUGCCCUCCUCAGGAUUUCAUCCAUCCCUCCACCUGGCCUUACUCUAAAUUAUGGUAAAAACCUUUAUUGUCAUUAUAUUUAAAAAACAAAAAAAGUCCAAGGACAUUCUGUUUGGCAGCAUCUCAGCUAUCACAGCCACAGAAGAAUAAAAUAAAGUG